AUGUCAGGCCAAUCCAGCGUGGGCACCAACAGUCUCUACGAAGCAGGCGACCAGCGCAACCAGCCCCAGUCCGUCCUUAACGAGCAGGAUCGCUACAACGAGGGGCAGAAAAAUAGCCAUAAGAACUUGGAUUCGAAGGACAACCGCUCCAUCGCCAACAAGCUCGCUGCCCGUGAGAAGCAGCCUGACCCCAGCCAUCACCACAACAAUGAUGUUGAUCCCGAGGCGGAGGUUAGCAAGAAGGACUCUACUAAGCCGGCCAAGCUGCAUGGCAACGAGCCAUCAAAGGGAGCAAAGAUUGAUCAGGAGCUCCAGGAAGAAGACGAGCAGCGAUUGAGGGAGAAGGGUAUCAAGAAAUAA